CAAAAUACAUUACCCCGCAAUUCGAAAAACAUCAGCUUGAUAAACUGGAUGGAGGAGGAGACCAUCAAGGUAACAACACUGUUAUGAAGGGGCUAAGAGGUUGUUUGAAUUUUUUGGAAAAUCAUAGAAAAAGAAUUUGUAAGAAACAAGCCGUUGAUCAAAGAGCUAAGGUAUCUGUUGUGGUGAAAAGUAUAAAUACACGCACGCACGAUGAUUGUCUUCAACAGAAGCAUAUAUUGCCUGGGUCACGUCUCAUGGAUUGCCGACAACAUAGUCUACGAGGCAUCGACAAUCAAAACAAGAAGGCAUAAUGAAUUUUGAGUUUCUUCUCCCCUGUAUGUGAGCUAUGAGGAUUCGAUGACCUUAAGUAAGCAACCAAAUGCAUACGGCCUAAUAAUUAGAGCCAGAAUGAGGCAGGAUAUUACUACGAGUAUUAAAGUUUCAACUUUCAAAUAUGAAUACUCCGUAGGUUAGAGGGGUUGCGACAUCCAGUUCUUUGGGUAACCUACCGGCCGUUUUAGAUUACAUGAUAAGGAUAUAACAGGAAUUAUAGAAAAUUUGUGACUGUAUUUAGUAAAUGAGUGACUGCGAUUAGAAUUCAUACUCGAGCUCUAGAUGUUUGGGCUCGACUCACUGAUGGCCCUCCUGCUAAGCCCAAUCACGAUAAGCGAUUUUGUUCGUCCCCUUUCAAGAAAGUGAUGUUCAC